AUGGCCGUCCUCCGCACCACCACGUCCCGCAUUCUCGCCUCCACUCGCCCUUCCACCCUGUCCCCUUUCCUCCGCCGCACUUAUGCAACCGUCGAACCCAUCUCCAACCUUGGUGAAGCCAUGUCUGCCACUCAACGGCCUGUCUCCCCAAAACACACCUCCACCAUCCACGAGCCCGCUCAAUCUCCGGAGGCCCGAACAAAGACCUUCCACAUCUACCGCUGGUCGCCUGAUACGCCCACCGAGAAGCCUAAGAUGCAAUCUUACACGCUGGAUUUGAACAAGACGGGACCGAUGGUGCUGGACGCAUUGAUUCGGAUCAAGAAUGAGGUGGAUCCUACGUUGACAUUUAGGCGGAGUUGUAGGGAGGGGAUCUGUGGGAGUUGUGCUAUGAAUAUUGAUGGAGUCAAUACGCUGGCUUGCUUAUGCCGCAUCCCAGCAAACACAUCCCAUGAAGCCCGCAUCUACCCUCUACCUCACACCUACGUCGUCAAAGAUCUCGUUCCGGACCUGACCCAAUUCUACAAGCAAUACAAAUCGAUCAAGCCAUACCUGCAGCGUGACACCAAGACCGAAGAUGGCCUCGAAAACCGCCAAUCACCCGAGGACCGCAAGAAGCUCGACGGCCUCUACGAAUGCAUCCUCUGCGCCUGCUGCUCGACGUCCUGCCCCUCCUACUGGUGGAACAGCGAAGAGUACCUCGGUCCCGCCGUCCUGCUGCAAUCAUACCGCUGGCUCGCCGAUUCCCGCGACGAGCACAAGGCCGAGAGGAAAGAGAUGCUGGACAAUAGCAUGAGCCUGUACAGAUGCCACACGAUCCUGAACUGCUCGAGAACGUGCCCGAAGGGGCUGAAUCCGGGCAAGGCAAUUGCGGAGAUCAAGAAGACGAUGGCCUUUACCUGA